UAUUGCCUAACCUAACAAUUAGAGAUUGCGAAAUUAUUCCUGGAAAAGUGUUAGUGAAAAACGUGCAAGAAAAUUAAUGAAAAGCAAUGCCGCAGUACUUCAUUGCGGGUUAUCCGGUGGACUUUCCUUUUGAGCCCUAUCAGGUGCAAAAAGAUUACAUGGCCAAGGUGAUUCAGAGCUUGGAAAAUUCGCAAAAUGCAAUGCUGGAAAGUCCUACCGGAACGGGUAAAACAUUGAGUCUCCUUUGUUCAUCGCUUGCUUGGUUGCUGGUGAAAAAGGCUGAGCACGAAUCCACCAAACCUAAGCUUCAAGAUGAGGAUGACUUGUUUAAGGCUCUUUUAGAGGAUAGCAAUCGCCCACCAAAGAUUAUUUAUGCUUCCCGGACACACACACAGCUGGCUCAGGCCAUGCAGGAGAUGAAACGAUCCGGUUAUUCGCAUUUGAGAGCCGUUGUUAUUGGAUCAAGGAGUCAAAUGUGCAUCCAUCCGGAAAUCUCCAAGGAGACUAAUCCAUCGGCGCAGAUAAACCAGUGCAAGUAUGCUGUAAAGCGGAAACAAUGUUCCUAUCAUACUAGUGUGGAGCAUACAAAGAAUCAUGAAGCCUUUAGAAGUGGUGGAGUCAUUGAUAUUGAGGAUCUCGUAACCAAAGGCAGGGAGCUCAAAACGUGCCCCUACUUCAUGUCGAAGGAGCUCUACAAGGAAGCAGACGUUGUUUUCAUGCCAUACAACUAUAUUCUCGAUCCAAAGUCACGUCGAGCUAAUCAGAUUGAGGUCGCGAAUACCGCUGUGAUCCUCGAUGAAGCUCACAAUGUUGAGAAAAUGUGUGAGGAGUCUAUGUCACUGGAGAUCACGUCCACAGAUGUUGCUUCGGCAAUUGCAGAUGUAACAUGGGCAAUGGAAAAGUUGGCAGAUCAGCAGGAUAAGCACGAUAUGGAGGGAUAUGAAGAGCGCAAAGAUAUCUCCCUUGACGACCUGGCUACAUUCAAGGAGAUCCUCCUGGCGCUGGAGAAGACAAUUGAUGUGAUCAGAUUGGAUUUGAAGAAGGGUGUAACCUUUGGUGGGGAGUAUGUCUAUGAAUUCCUCUCGCAGGCCAGUAUUACAUUCCAGAACUUCAAGGCAAUUCUCUCCCUGAUUGAAAAUACAUUGCAAUACUUUGCUGUGAUCGCCAACACGAAAGCCUUUGGAACAAAAGGUGCUAGUCUGCAGAAAUUGUCUGAUCUCCUUGUGAUUGUCUUUGCGCAGAACAACAGUCAGUACAUGGAGAAAGUUACAAAGUGCUACCGUGUCCAUGUGGACGUUGAGGAACAGAACACCUAUGCGAAGAAAGAUGGAUGGUUGUCCACAGUACCCAGCACCACACAAGCAAAAUCAUUCAAUUUUUGGUGCUUCAGUCCUGGCUUUGCCAUGUCCUACCUCAACGAUGUACGCAGUGUGAUCCUCACGAGUGGCACCCUUGCACCCAUGAGGCCCCUGAUCAGUGAAAUGGGCAUUGAUAUACCCAUUCUACUUGAGAACCCUCACAUUGUCUCACAGGAGCAGGUCUGUGUGAAGGUGAUUAGUCAGGGAUCGGAUAAAGAGCCCUUGAUCUCAAAUUACAACAACCGGGACAAUCCGAAAUACAUCACAUCGCUGGGAAGGACGAUUCUUUCCUUUACACCCGUCAUACCCGGUGGUGUCCUUAUCUUCUUUCCAUCCUACACAAUGCUGAACAAAUGCCAAACUUCAUGGCAAGAUUCCGGGCUUUGGAGUCAAAUAUCUAAUAUCAAACCGAUAUUUGUGGAGGCUCGCAACAAAAAUGAUUUCCAGGAUACAAUGGUUGAAUACUAUGCACGAAUUCAAGAGCCUGGAAGCCGUGGGGCAAUUUUUAUGGCUGUCUGCCGUGGCAAAGUGUCCGAGGGAUUGGAUUUUGCUGACCUGAAUGGUCGAGCGGUCUUUAUUCCGGGCCUUCCAUUUCCGCCACUUUUCGAUCCGCGAGUUGUGCUGAAGAAGCAAUAUCUCGAUGAGAAUAAACGCAAUGCCAAGGACCUGGUGUCCGGCAAUGAUUGGUACUCCCUCGAAGCAUCACGUGCUGUGAAUCAAGCAAUUGGGCGAGUAAUACGUCACAAGAACGACUACGGAGCCAUUCUACUGUGUGACUCGCGCUUCCAGAGCCCACAGCAAAAGAAUCAGCUGUCCAGGUGGGUACAGGGACAUCUGAAUACCCCAGGGGCGAAUGGAACGAGUUUUGGGCCACUUAUUGGGGAGGUGUCGCGCUUCUUUCGAAAUGCCGAGAAGAAAUUUGGUAAUCCUGAGAAUCAGAUUAAGAGGCACGACUACGGACAAGAUGGAUUUUCAUCGGCAAAAGCCUUAUCGGCUUCUGAUAAAUCAAAUACGUGGGUGGAAAAAUUCACUGAGGCUAUGCGUGCAAAAGCAUCUCCCCAGAAGUCUGUGAUAGACACAUACAGAGAUACAGCUCCGGAAACGAGCUCUCUUCAUGGGGAUGUGAAAUCAAUUGACUUCAAUGAUGUCGUUACCCCGUACGAGGGGGCUUCAAGCAGCAAGAUUCCCCCACAAUCAAUGGCAGAGAAUGCAGGAGGUACACGAAAGAGGAAGUACAAGCUUGUGGAAAAUGAUAAACCCGAAAUAAUUGAUUUGGUGGAUGAUAAUGAACCCAUUGAGGUACCUGAAAAUUCACCACGUGUUGAUAUUCUGAAAUUGGUGAAACAGAAGUUGAACAUCAUGGACUACAAGGCAUUCAUGAAGUGCCUCAAUGAUUACAAUCAACAAGGUAAUUUUGUUCAAUUCUUUCAAACGCUCUCCACGAUUUUACAUGCAGCUAAAUAUCGGAAUAUUUUGCGUGCCAUGAAGCGUUUUGCAAAAGGCGAGCACAAGGACUUGUUUGAGAGAGAACUAAGCCGUGUUGUGUAGAAGAAUAUUUUCCAUAAAACUUUAUUCACUUGGUAUUUAAUACAUUUUCUGUUUUUUCUUUUAAAUUCACACGAAAAACACAUGAAUACACGUUUUUUUCUCAUCUAUA